CUCCCCCUUCUUUUUCCUCCCGCCCCUCCAACCGCCCCCCCCUUCCCGGAUGGGGGAAAAAAGAUGUCAGCUCCUCCGCUGUAGUAUUGCUCCUUAAAAAGCCCUCUCUCUGAAAAUGACAUGCCCUCGCAAUGUAACUCCGAACUCGUACGCGGAGCCCUUGGCUGCGCCGGGAGGAGGAGAGCGCUAUAACCGGAGCGCAGGAAUGUAUAUGCAAUCUGGGAGUGACUUCAACUGCGGGGUGAUGAGGGGCUGCGGGCUCGCGCCCUCGCUUUCCAAGAGGGAUGAGGGCAGCAGCCCCAACCUGGCCCUCAACACCUAUCCGUCCUACCUCUCGCAGCUGGACUCCUGGGGCGACCCCAAAGCCACCUACCGCUUGGAACAACCUGUUGGCAGGCCUCUGUCCUCCUGCUCCUACCCACCUAGUGUCAAGGAGGAGAAUGUCUGCUGCAUGUACAGUGCAGAGAAGCGGGCGAAAAGUGCUCCCGAGGCAGCUCUCUACUCCCACCCCCUGCCGGAGUCCUGUCUUGGGGAGCACGAGGUACCUGUACCCAGCUACUAUCGUGCCAGCCCGAGCUACUCGGCGGCGCUGGACAAAACGCCCCACUGUGCAGGAGCCAACGACUUCGAAGCCCCUUUUGAGCAGCGGGCCAGUCUCAACCCGCGCACCGAACAUCUGGAAUCGCCUCAGCUUGGGGGCAAAGUGAGUUUUUCCGAGACCCCCAAGUCCGACAGCCAGACCCCCAGUCCCAAUGAGAUCAAGACGGAGCAAAGUCUGGCGGGUCCAAAAGGCAGCCCCUCGGAGAGCGAAAAGGAACGGGCAAAGACCGCAGACUCCAGCCCAGACACCUCGGAUAAUGAAGCUAAAGAGGAGAUAAAAGCAGAAAACACCACAGGAAAUUGGCUGACAGCAAAGAGUGGAAGGAAGAAGAGGUGCCCCUAUACUAAACACCAGACGCUGGAAUUGGAGAAAGAAUUUCUGUUCAAUAUGUAUUUGACGCGAGAGCGCCGCCUGGAGAUUAGCAAGACCAUUAACCUUACAGACAGACAAGUCAAAAUCUGGUUUCAAAAUCGCAGAAUGAAACUCAAGAAAAUGAACCGAGAGAAUCGGAUCCGGGAACUGACCUCCAAUUUUAAUUUCACCUGAGCCAGCGUCAUCUCCUCCCCCUCCCCUUCUCUCCUUUCCCCGCCCCUCCUCCCUUUGUGCCUGGUGAUAUUUUUUUUUCCCCUCCCUGAGUAUAAAUGCAACGCGCCUGCAAAA